AUGGAAAAGAAGAACAAAAUGGCUCCCUCGAAGAAAGGCAAAGCGAAGGCCAACUCGGCGCAAUCAACUCAGUCUCCGUCCCCUGUAAACGCCAAAUUCCCAGCAUGUAUCCGCCCCGUUCCUCCUUCCUCCGUCGCCGUCACCAUCCACGCUAAACCCGGUUCCAAACUCGCCACUAUCACUGAUUUCAACGAUGGGGCAUUAAGCGUGCAGAUUGACGCGCCGGCUAAGGAUGGUGAAGCUAACGCUGCGUUACUCGAUUACAUUAGCUCG